AUGGCUGCCGUCGAAAUUGAACAACCGUCUUCCCCAACAAACGUUCUCACGCUUGAAACUACGCUACCUAAAACGGAUACCGACAACCAGUCGUUCUCAUCGACCUCGACUGACCGCAAAACAUCCUCGUCAACAUCAGCAUCGAGCAACAAGGACCCAACCAAACGCAUCCGCUACAGUGUCCGCACUCCUCAGACCAUGACUCUAUCCCCAACAGAGACCGAUGACUCUCAAUCGAAAAAAGCGAAACGUCGGAGUUUCAGUUUCUUCAAAAAUAACGCUAAAGGCGAAAAGAAAAAGGACUUGUCCGAGAAGCUUAACCGAUCAUCCGACAAACGUAGACUGGCCAAAAGUCAAACCGCCGAGAAAAGAAUCAAACGUCGUAGUUUUAUGGACAUAUUUCAUAGCUCAUCCGAGUCCGAGAUCGAGUCCGACGUAAGCAAGCACACUCGGAGUCGAAGUCUAAGCUUGGGCAAACCGCCUUCGUUCAACAACGACGACCUUGACCAGAAUCUCUUGAGUCCACUUCCAGAUUCAAAGUCUAAACGGCGCAGUCUAAACAUCUCAGAGUCAUACCCGGAUGAGGAUCGAACACGCAACAAUCGUACAAAGAACAGAUUAUCUUUGAACUUGGAUUUGUUCACGUCUAAAAGUUCGACGCGAGGAAUUCCCGGUGAAACAUCUACCUCCAUCGGAAUUCCGUCUUUUCUUGCCAAUAGUCUCUCGAUUAUUUCAGCUCCUACUUCGCCGGCUACCGAGAGACCAAAGGGCAUUCUAAAGAGGUCUUUGAGUCAAGGACAAAAAAUUUAUAAAAGUGUUGAGAAUGCAGUCAAAAGCAAUGGUUACAAGAAUGAACUGGGUGGUAGCGAGGUAAAUACCCCGGCUACGUCAUUUGCGGAAGCGGAUGUUGAAGAAGAUAAUGAUUUCGCUUACGAAGGUCUGGGUAAAGGAGAAACCGAAGGAGAAAAUAAAGAUAGAAAAAACGUCAUAGAAAACAAAAAUGAACGCCAAAAACAAAAAGAAUUCGAUUCAUCGAAACUAGACUAUCCCAACUUAUUAUCACCUCCUCUCUCGCCAUCUUUACCUCCGCCGCCACCAACGACGCCAACGCCCCUACCACUAACGUCUUCCCUUAAUACCACACCCAUUGUUAACUUCACUGACGUGUUUGUGGAAUCACCUGUAGAUAGAGAACAUGUGUAUAGAAGCGAUGAUAGUAAGAUGACGAAUUAUGAAAAAUCAUUGAGGAAUAAGGUUUCGGAAACCCCCGACACUCUAUUCCAGCCCCAACGUACCGAACAACUAUCACAACACUCUUCUUAUGAAGCUCUGUUGAUUCGGCAACUUAAUCUUACCGAAAGAAUGGAAGAAACUUUGCGUCGAUGGGAAAAUAAAUUUGGCGACGAGACGGAUAAGCAAGAAGAUAGAGAGACUGUAGUCUCGGAAAGUAAAGAAGACGAACAGCGCAAGGAUGACACUCAGGCAGAUCAGUUAGCGCUUACAACUGAAAAGGUCAAAAAUUUGGAAGCGAAACUCAGCGAGCAGAAAGCAGAAUUGGAUGUAUUGAGAGAGGUUGUUCUUGAUUUGCGAUCAAACCAACAGCUUUUAAUUACGGGCGACCUAUCUUCGUACGAUCCUUCGAAUUUAUCUCUAAUUCACUCUCGCUUAACAAGCUCUUUUCCCCAUCUGAAGUCAUCUCAAUCUACGACGAGCAUCCUAGUAAAUUCAUUGGUGGUUAGGCCAGUUGCAGCGACGUAUAAUAUCGCUAGCUCAGUGAUACAAACGCUAUAUAUUCGGCCUUUUGUUAAAAUCGUGAAGGUCGUCUGGCACAAAGAAUCUUCUGGAGAGGCAAUACAAAUCUGA